UUUAAUAAUAUUAAGAAGCCAAAAAAAGUUACAUAGACUAUGUAACUAAAAGUAAAAAUAUUACUCUUAUUUAAGAGAUCAUUACUUCACAACAUUAACUACAUCUUCUAAAUCAUCAGGUGUAAUGAUGUUUCUGCUACUUGCGAUUGUGGGAUUAAUAAGCUAUUAUGUAUAUAAGUCGAUAAAACCGCCACCACCAAUUCCACUACCGGAAAACGUUUCCAAGAAAUCUCUAAGAGUCGAGCUAAGUGAUGGCAGACAUAUAGCCUACAGAGAAUUAGGGUGUCCAAAGGACGAAGCCAAAAACAAAAUAAUAAUCAUCCAUGGAUAUGCAAAUUCCAAAGAAGUAGAUUUAUACACCACACAGGAAAUGAUUGACGAAUUCAAGAUAUAUUUUUUGUUCUUCGAUAGAGCUGGUCAUGGAGAAAGCGAUCCUAAUCCAUCAAGAACAUUGAAAACAGAUACAUACGAUAUCGAAGAACUUGCUGACAAAUUGCAACUUGGUCCAAAGUUCCAUGUUCUGGGCAUGUCACUUGGAGCUUACCCAGUUUAUGGUUGCCUCAAAUACAUUCCUCAUAGACUAAGUGGAGCUUCAUUGGUGGUUCCAUUAAUAAACUUUUGGUGGAGACGUAUUCCUCAAAACUUGUUGAAUGCAGCAAUCAAGAAAUUACCAUUUGCGUUUCAAAUGAUACUUCGAGUCGCACACUAUUGUCCAUGGUUGCUAUAUUGGUGGAUGACUCAGAAAUGGUUUCCAAAUGAUCGAGAUCCCAAGAAAAUUUGGACUGAACGUGAUAUAGAACUUUCGAAAAUAUAUUAUAAAAAAUCGUACAUGGACGCUGUUAAACGACAAGGUGAAUAUGUGAGCUGCUACCAAGACAUCAUCGCCGGUUAUGGAAAUUGGGAGUUUGAUCCAACCGAACUGAGCAACCCGUUCACGGAUACUAACAAAGGAUCAGUCCAUAUGUGGUGUGCACUCGAUGACAAACAAAUAUUGCGAGAAGUUCUAGUUUAUAUAUGCGAUAAACUUCCAUGGAUAAAGUUCCAUGAGGUCCCUCAUGUUGGACACUGGAUUAUCCAUGAGAAGCAUCAUUUCGAAGCCAUCAUCAAAGCCGCUUGUACUGAAUGAAAAAUGGACAAUGAAGAAAGGAAAAACUUUAUCAAAUUUUUAUGGGAUGCUUAAGUUUGAGAAUGUUUAUAUAAGUUUAAUAAAAAUAUUAUGUACAUGUCAAUAUUAAUAUAUAAAUCUGGUAUGCUAAUGUCAGAUGCAACUAUUUAUAUUA